AUGAUGAAAUGUAAAGCUUGUGUAAAGAAAAAAGAAGCAUGUAUUGCAGAGAUAGGAAAAUUGCAGCAUCGAGAACAUGGACAUGACUUUCCCGUUUUAGUGAAGCAGUGGAAAAGGAUCAAAGGAUGGGUGCGAGGUGAUGAUUUAACGAUAGGUGGAGUAGAAGCUUUACCAACUGGUCAGCAAUUAAUUCCUUGGCCUUAUGGUUUCGGUGCUGAUAGUUUAGGGUGA